AUGCCUGGCCUUCCAACCAGUAUUGACCUAGAUGAGUGCAUCGCGAGGCUCUACCGGAAAGAGCUUCUCGCCGAGUCAGUGAUUGAGGCUAUCUGUGCCAAGACCAAAGAACUGUUGAUGAAGGAGAGCAAUGUGGUCCACAUAAAGGCGCCGGUCACCGUUGUGGGAGACAUUCACGGCCAGUUCUUCGACCUGCUGGAGAUUUUUCGAAUUGGUGGAUUUUGCCCGGAUACAAAUUAUCUUUUUCUUGGAGACUACGUGGACCGCGGCCUCUUUAGUGUGGAGACCAUCUCCCUACUGGUUUGCCUCAAGCUGCGAUAUCCCGACCGAGUCCAUCUCAUCCGCGGCAACCAUGAAUCUCGAGGCGUGACCCAAUCCUACGGCUUCUAUACUGAGUGCGCGCGGAAAUACGGCAAUGCGAAUGUGUGGCACUACUUCACCGACAUGUUUGACUAUCUGACGCUAAGCGUGGUCAUUAACGACGAGAUCUUCUGCGUUCAUGGUGGUCUGUCUCCUUCGAUCCACUCGAUCGAUCAGAUCAAAAUUAUCGACAGAUUUCGCGAAAUCCCCCACGAGGGUCCAAUGGCAGAUCUCGUUUGGUCUGAUCCGGACCCUGAAAGGGAUGAAUUUUCCCUGUCUCCCCGUGGAGCUGGGUAUACGUUUGGGGCACAGGUUGUUCGGAAAUUUUUGGAGGUCAAUAACAUGUCCCAUAUCCUGCGAGCCCACCAGCUGUGUAAUGAAGGCUAUCAAGUUCUUUUUGAUGAUCGGUUGAGUACGGUCUGGAGUGCGCCAAAUUACUGUUACCGCUGUGGUAAUCUUGCCAGUGUACUCGAGGUUGGAGACAACAUGGAGCGCUUCUUCAACAUUUUUGACGCGGCACCGGAGAACGAUGUGCAUCGCAGCGAGCAGCAAGCACAGCAGAGUCGGGAUGCUCAGCCAGUGAUUGACUAUUUCUUGUGA